ACGAGAUCUAAGUGCUGGUCACUGAUUGGCUUGGGUCUCCAGGAAGUAGCUGGGGGCGGGCUGCGGUGGAGAAAGUGGCCGCGCUCGGUGGGGACCAUGGCCACAGCAAUGGACCAGCUGGUUGGAUUUGGCUUGGUAGCCUUUAGCCUUGUUCUUUUUGUUUACUACACCAUCUGGAUUAUUAUACUGCCCUUUAUUGACAGUGAUCAUGGGAUUCACAAAUUCUUUUUGCCCCGGGAGUAUUCGGUGACCAUUCCUGUGAUCGCAGGGCUCCUUCUGGUGCUGUGUGUAGGGAUUUUUGUAGUGAUUGUGAUGUGGAAGAACAGGAAACCUGCAAAGAAAUUAGACUGAGGACAGCAGAAUGGGAGAGGCGGGGAGAAGGUGCCUGCCUGCAGCAUCUCAACAGGGACGAGAUAUUUAUCUGCAGAAACAAGAGACACUCUGCUCUCGGACUCUGUUACGUGCUUGAAAGAACGUUGGACCUCACUGCGCCUUCUUUCCAUGACUCCUGAGACUUGUAUCCAGCUACAGUUUAGUGCUCAAAGGGAAGUGAAACUGUCUGACCCACAGAACUUCUCUAGCGAGAGACCAGAACACCAGCCCUUAUGAACCUGGACCAAGAUAGGGAUAAUCCCAGCAAACUGAUGCAUGUGGUUUUGGACUCCACAGUCUUUGUGACAUUGUUCUGGCACCAGGCAGUGCUACUGAGCAAAGGGCCCAGACUUCAGUGACGUUCCUGCUCUGCAGCAGGCACCUUUUUUAGUUCUGUUGGUUUGUUUCUGUCAUUUUUAAACUGGUUACUGGAGGGGGAGAGGUGUUAAUGGAUCCAGCAUGUGAAAAAACAAGAUCAUGGAUAAAAUCAAAUGCUCUUCUUGAA